GCAUGGUUGGAUGAGAUGGGAUGGACCUCGGUUGUCGUCUGCUCCGUUGGCUUACAUACAGACCGGUACAUACAGCGGCAGGCCAACCUACACUUAUUAGUGGUUGUUGGUGGUUGAAGGGAAUAAUUUAUUGCUGGUAUAACAGCUGCCUGGUCCUGCCUGGCCUUUUAGCGCCCCAGCCUCUACGGGGACCCCUGGACGUCUGAAUGAGUGCCGCACACCGAAAGCCGCAUGGGCUGACGGCACUUACCUAGCUGGUCUUUGUUCCGAUGUCUCCUGCCUUGGGGUUGGAAUGAUUGCAACGGUUCUUCAUCGAAGAAGCCUAUACAACACUCCGUCGGUGCAAUUGAUGAUCACUACCUAUCAAAUGUUGCUUGGGAAUCUUCAUAUGUCUCGGGCUUGUCCCGAGCGCUGUGGCUGUGGGUCUGUUGUUUUGCGGAUGUCUCAGCGGUUGCAUUUUUUCUGGGCCUGUCCUGUUGAAGAUGCUGUGGUUGAGCAGCUUGAGAUCAAGUUGGGUGCUGUGGUUCCUCGGGCUGCUUUGUGGUUGGCUUUGCCUCCCUCGGGCGUGCAGCAGUGUGUUUGGGAUGCUCUUGUCCUGGGUGCUUUGUCAGCUAUGGUAGAGGGUCGGCGGUUUUUGCGGGCUUGCGUCAGUAAGGCACCCGCCAUGAACUUGGGCGCAUUGCGCGCAAUGGAAAUUACGCUGAAAAUGGGAUGGUUGCGCGCAGCGGUCCCGCGCAACACGCCCAUGUUCCUGGCCUCACAAACCUCCUCGUUUCAAAACGCAGUAUGCAUUUAUGAAAAUAGCGCUGUAUUAUCUAUUCGCAGAGUCCACCGGCGUCACAGAAGAUGUAGGAAAAGGUUGCCGACCAUGUAUGGGUUGGUUGCGCGCAACGGUCCCGCGCGGCACGCCCAUGUCCCUGGCUUACAAAUUCGCCUCGUUUUACACCGCAGAGCGUAUGUUUGGGCAUAAUAUGGUGUCCUCUUUUUGUAGCGUAUAAUGGGACGUUGGGAAAUGUAAGAAACGGUUACAAAGUACACAUGGGCUGGUUGCGCGUAAUGGUCCCGCGCAGCCAGCCCAUUUGCCAGGCACUGCCUGGCUUUCAUAAAAUGAAGCCGCAGUUUGUAACUUUGAUAACGGC